GUAAGCAUCACCGUUACCCAUGGCAGCAACAAAUACAAUAAUGGACAGGCACCACUUAUACAACAAGCAUUGAAUUUGAUCCUGAGUAGUGUAGUAAUUUAGCGUAUUAAAGAUUGCAUAUCAUAAAUAAUGGAUAUUAGCAGCAAUUGUUCCAGUGAAGCAGACGCCAUACAAGAGGAACUGGUGGAGAUGGAAGAUUCUGAUGAUGCUCAGAGUAAUGAAGAGAAAUCUAUUAGUCUGGCCCCAGGGAGCCCAGAGAGUUCAAUGGAUGAAGGAGAAAAGGAAGAUCUGCUGGAUUUGGAACCCAGUUCAGCAACAGAUGAGAAUAUUCUAGCAUCUGCCAGAGAAAGUGGGAAUUUUGAAAGUGAAAUGCAACAAUCCUUCAACACUGUGAUGUCUGAUGAGUGUUCAGAAAUGAAAACCAAUAGCUACCCAAAUAUGGUUUUUGAGGAAACAACUCCAUCACUUCUUAAUGUGGCUCUUCCACAAAUUCUACAGUACAAAAGAGAAUCUGAGGAAGUUGAGUUGUCUUUGGAUGGCAGUAAUUCCACACAGAUGGAUACACCAUUACCAAAAAAUAUUUGCCAGUUCUGUAAGCAUCCAAUCAAGCCUUUGGUAUCACUGCAAGAACAAAUGACUUUGGCACCUGAAGAAAUUUAUUGUUGUGAAUCAUACCAAGAAUUUCUUCACAUGGUGCUCCUGGCUGAAAUUGAAGAGGCCAAGUUGAAAAUGAAGAGUAAAGUUUUAGAAGAGGGGCCUGAUAUAAACAACCAGAAAAUGAAAAAAGAAAAGGGGAUUUCUGGAAAAGAUUUAAAAAUCAAAGUGAAAACGAGAGAGACAAAUGUGCCACAGAGGCAACACGAAGCCUCACAACAGCUUCACCCUCAACUAGGAUAUCACAUGGCUCGUCAUAUGAACACAAUUAAUUACCAACUCUCUUCUCGAAGAUGUCUCGAUGCUGGAUGGACAGUUUGUGUACCUGAGCUGGAGAAGUCAACCCAAGAAGAUGUGUUUGUCAUUGAACCAAGAAAAUGCUCUUUAUACAGGAGUAAUGAGCUCUCUCUCUCUCUCUCUCUCUCAUUCCAUCUAUCCAUCUAUUUAUACACAUGCACAUACAGAGAGAGAGAGAGAGAGAGAGGGGCAGAUAGACAAACAGUGAAUUUUAAAGCUGAUUUACUCUUGUGGGAAUUUUUAUUUUUCUUCUGUGGUCUCUUGAGUAAUUUCUAUUCAUUAUCUAAUGGUCAACAACUUUUCCUCAACAGCUGUAGUUAUCCAUCAGGUAAACUGGCCAUUCUGAUUAGUUCCAUCUUGCCUUAUCAUUUCACUUAUAUAGUAUAUGGAGAAGUCGGCAGAAAGCAACAAGUGAUGGCAGUGUUUGAGCAUACAGGAUAUGGCACGUGUUAUCAUCCAAAUGGUAAUGUUAGAUUGUACAUUGACCCCGCUGGGGGUAUGGAAAUGAGCCCUGCAGGGUCAUGUCGUAAGAAGUGGCUGUGGAAAGACCUCCAAUGCCAUGCCCCUCCACUUCAGCCUAUCUUCAUCCAUCUAAACAGAUUCAUUGGUAUGAAAGUGCUGUCACAGCAGAACAUUCAGUUGACCUUCACGUUUCGAAGAUUCAGCUGUCGUAUGAACCUUGGAGUUUGCAUGAAACCAGUAGCAGUAUCAAAGUGGGUCCCACUUGUGGAUGAACAUUCUUUGUACUUAGAAGAUAAAAGAAAUCAAAUCGAGUCUCUGCUGGACAAGGUGAGGAAUUUGUUAAAUUACUCUUGCUCUCCUAAACUGAAUAAGAUCCUCCCUCCAAUCUACUUGACCAACCGGAUCAAUAAGCUGUCGGCUAAGAAACAGAAUAUACAGCAGAAUAUACAUACAGCGAAAUCUAUAAAAAUCCAACCAAACAUCCAGCUGCAAGUGUAAGAUGAUAUCUCUGAUGCUGAUGUUUAGGAUGAUGACAAAGAAAGCAACGCUAGCGAUGAUGGCUUCAAUGAUAGUGAUGAUGAUGAUAGUAUCAAUGAUGGUGAUGAGAGUGGUGAUAAUGAGAAUGAUGCUGGUAAUAAUAAGGACAAUUAUAAUGAUGAUGAUGAUGACUACAACAUUCUUGAUGAUAAUAACGAUUAUAGAUUUUGCUGUGAUGACAACGAUAACUGAUAUGAUACAAAGUUAUUGUGAUGAUAAUAAUAGUGAUGUUAACCAUGUAUAUAUAUAUAUAUAUAUAUAUAUAUAUAUAUAAUAUGUGUGAUACCGGUGAUAAAAAUAUAGAGAAAAUAUAAAUGUUGGUUAAACAGAGUGCUGUAGACAAGGACUACGACAGCAGCACUAAUAUUCUUUGUAACAUUUAUCAGUAACCCUUUUGCAUUUAAACCAGCCAUAUCCAGCCCACCAGCACAAAUAUUCUACCUGUUUUAUGUUCAAACAGGCCAAUCUGGCCUCUCAUACUUACCCUAAAAGAAAGAAUAUUUACGAUAUUGAAAUCUCAAAGCUACGAGAUAAUGCAUUCAAAGCAAUGCGCAAGAACAAUUAUCAUGAAUGCUAAAAUGUUAACCUUGUGCUAUAAUAUUGCUAAUAUUUAAUUCUUUAUUGCCCACAAGGGGCUAAACAUAGAGGGGACAAACAAGGACAGACAAAGGGAUCUAAGUCGAUUACAUCGACCCCAGUGCUUAACUGGUACUGGUUUAAUCGAUCCCGAAAAGAUGAAAGGUAAAGUCGACCUCGGCGGAAUUUGAACUCGGAACAUAACGGCAGACGAAAUACUGUUAAGCAUUUCGCCUGGCGUGCUAACGAUUCUUAUUUCUUUAUUG